GAGCAGAAUCACUUGAAGGACACAUGGUUCACCGAAUCUCUGGCACUGACAGCUGGGAAAAUCUCCGCCUACGAAGAUCCAGAAACCUACUUGGACCUUGUGAAAAAGAUGGCGGAGUACAGUCGAGCUGUGUUCAGUGCACAUGAGCAGAUGCCGUAUCUACAGCCAUUUCAAUUCGCAUCGGAACACAUAAUCUUCUCUAUGGAUGCACUGGACUUUUCCAAUGAUCUACCUAAAUACAACAAUUUCAUCAAUCAUCGUCCUAAUGGCUUUCCUCAGGUCUCAAUCCACAUAGAAAACGCUACUAAGGUACGAAUCUCACAUUCAACUACGAUGGUUUCUCCCAUAUUAGCGGGAGCAUCCCUAUUACUUUGUCUGAUCUCCAUUGUGUUAACGCUCGCCAGAAGAGGCACGCGAGCGCAGUUGAUUCGGCUUGGCUUCAUAGUCACUUUCGUUAUGAAUGCUACUAAUCUCUAUUUCCUCAAUAAAGCCGCUGUCAACCAGGUACGAGUUUUUCUAUAUGUCUGA